AUGUUUACUAUCACGAGAAGCGUGCUUAAAAAUUGUUUCAGUAAGCGGUUUAUACAGAAUAUACAAUCCCUAGAAGGAACUAUUGAAAACUCCAGUAAAAAGCAAUCACCAUCAUUGCUUAUAAGUUGUAAACGAAAAAAGUUAAAUUACUAUGCAGGGGUUCACUAUAGUAAAUUUGAUGAGAUACCUCUUGCUUCUAAAGGUUGGAACCACACAAAAUCUAAAGGAGACUUUUUCUUAAUAAAUAGGUUGAAGAAUGAAAAAAAUCAAACAUAUUCUUUUGAUGAAUUAAACAUUCAUCCUAAAAUAAAAGAUGCUUUAAAAAUUGAAGAGAUAAGGGAAUUAACAGAAUUUCAAGCAAGAUCUAUUAAUGAGGUAAGAAAAGGAUCUCAUCUUCUGCUAGCAGCUGAAACUGGCUGUGGAAAAACACUUGCCUAUCUCAUACCAAUAAUUCAGGAUUUGAUUUCCAACAAAUCACAAAAUGCUAAUACACCAAAAGCAGUAAUUAUUGUGCCUAAUAGAGAGUUAGCUUACCAAGUUGGAGAAAUAGCAAGACAUCUUGGCGAUGCUCUUGGAAUUACUGUAAAAACUGUUGUUGGAGGCAAAACAAAGGCCUUAAUGAUGAAUCCUGUAUUUGAAGAUAUUGACAUUUUGGUUGCUACCCCUGGGGCACUUGGUAAACUUUCUACAGCAAAAUAUGCAGUUUUUGAUGAAGCAGAUACACUAAUUGAUGACAGUUUCAUAGAGAGGAUGGAAGGUUUAAUCAAAAGGUUAACCCAAUCCCAAGUUAUACUAGUAUCUGCAACUUUACCAAAAAGAUUUCCACCUGUAUUAGCACCAAUAGAACCGUCAUUAAAACAUGUCGUAUCUCCGAAUAUUCAUAAACCUUUAUUAAAUAUUAACCAGAAAUUUUUAAGAUUAACCAAAUCUGCAAAACCUUCACAUUUACUUCAAAUUGCAAAAGCUAACACUAGGCCCAUGUUAAUUUUUUGCAAUAAAAAUGAAACCUGCAACUGGGUGGCUCUGUUUUUAAGAGAAAAUGGGGUAGACUGCUCAAAUAUUAAUGGUGAUAUGCACUAUUCAAUACGAAUAGAUCAGUGGAAUAAAUUUGCCUCAGGAGAGACAAAAAUCUUGUCUGCUACAGAUGUGGGCAGUAGAGGACUUAAUACAAUACAAGUGGUACAUGUUCUCAAUUAUGAUUUCCCUCUCUAUGCUGCUGAUUAUUUGCACAGGAUUGGAAGAGUGGGAAGAUUAGGCAGCCCAGAAGCCUGCAAGGUUACCAACUUUGUAGUAGGAGCUCCAGAAGUUUCUUUAGUUCAACAAAUUGAGCUUGCUAUUAGAAGAAAUCAGGCCUUGGAAAAUGUAGAUGGAAAUAUAACAAAUAUUGUUCAACGAAAAAUAGCCAGAAGCCAGAGGGAAAGUGCAUAA